CAGAACUGUAUCACCCACGCAUAUCUUCUGAUUACCAAAAGUCAUUUCUUUCAUUAUCUCUACGCGCAGAUAUCCCACACACUCAGCCUUAGUCCACAACCCCAUCCUAUCUUCAUCUUCAUCUCCAGCCGUCCAUCAAAAUGGCAAAUUAUCUCGCGUCCAUCUUCGGUACUGAACAAGACAAGGUCAAUUGCUCUUUCUAUUACAAGAUUGGCGCCUGUCGCCACGGCGAUCGCUGUUCGAGAAAACAUGUCAAGCCCAGCUACAGCCAGACCAUCCUCCUUCCCAACCUGUACCAGAAUCCUGCCUACGAUCCCAAGAACAAGAUGAAUCCUUCCCAACUCCAGAAUCAUUUCGAUGCCUUUUACGAAGACUUCUGGUGCGAAAUGUGUAAAUACGGAGAAAUCGAAGAGGUUGUCGUUUGCGACAACAACAAUGACCACUUGAUCGGCAAUGUCUAUGCGAGAUUCAAGUACGAAGACUCUGCUCAAGCCGCCUGUGACGCCCUCAACAGCCGUUGGUACGCAGCGCGCCCUAUAUACUGUGAACUGUCUCCAGUUACCGACUUUAGAGAGGCAUGUUGUCGACUAAAUUCGGGCGAGGGGUGUCAAAGAGGAGGCUUUUGCAAUUUCAUUCAUCGAAAGGAACCAAGUGCCGAAUUGGAUAGAGAGUUGGAACUCAGCACCAAGAAAUGGUUGAAAGAGAGAGGUCGAGACGCGCGAAGCGUCACCAGAAGUCCCAGCCCAGAACCUACCAGAAAGAGGUUCUAAAUGAUCGGUUUAUAUCUUGGGAUUACAUUGUGUUUUGACCAAGAUCUUAGCCAGGAGUACUCAUGGAGGUCUCCAGGGCGUCGGCGGCGACUUACCGAUCGACCAUAUAUCCAGCAUGUGUCGGAAUAAGUUGCGCAGGUCAUCGAAUCCCGCAACAAGUUGUUAAUCCGCCCGCCACUCAAUUCAGCCUGACCCGAUCUAGCUUACGAAAGUCCUUUCCACGACGUUGAUCGCCCACAAUCAACAAAACUAUCACGCUGGCCCUGCAGCAAUUGCCGGGCCCACACCGAAAACUCAACCAGAGUCGAUGUUAACCUUCCGCCAUACAUUGCUGGCAGCCCGCCCGAUUGAGACACUAUGCCUCAUCUACAGAGCUUCGUCCAGUCAGCCACAAACCACCAUUAGGGUUGCAUGGCUCAUCCAGAUCAGCAGCGAGGACCAUGUUCAUGAAGAGGAUAUUGAUCGAGGAGAAAAAUGGACGAGUACGGGCAGUUCUUGAUCAGGGUCUGCAUAUAGCAGUACCUGAUCGGGAGAUAAACUGCAAUUUCGGGGGUGCAGGAUUCAAAACGCCAUAGUUGGGCAUUCUGUAGUAUAGGAACAAUUGAAUCUAAAAGCCACACAACAUUCACAUCA